GCCGACGCCAUAGCUCUGUGUACUGUAGUAGUAUAGUAGUUUGGCUUCUUAUUCUUCUUGUAAUCGCUUUUUCGCACUCGAAGGACGAUUCUUCGCUUGUUUCGUUGAAAGUCGUCGGUUCGGAACACUCGAUAGCGUGGGCGAGGUCAUUUGCUUGGUUUUGCUUGAAGAUCGUGUAAAUGCUGAUCACGACGUAACGGAGCGGCGAAUCGGGUUAAUCGUGAGAUACUGUGUUACAGUAAAAGCUGAUAAAUCAAAAUGGAGACAGAGACCAGGCGCAAGGGACCUAGGAGUCCCAGCGAGGAUUCAGAUGAUAUGAGGAGGAGGAAGAAGUAUGACAGAUCUCCAUCACCCAGAAGGAGGUACAGGAGGUCUAGAUCUCGCUCAACUUCCAGAGACAGAAGUUCCAGGAGAAAAAGCAGUAGAGAAAGGGAGCAUGACUGGAAAGCUAUGCAGCCGACUAACAAGGCAGCCAACCCACCAAACUCUACCGUCUAUCCGCCACAAGUGCUUAACCAAUAUAAUGCUGCUCAGAGGACAGCUCCACCACCCAAUACUAGUCAACCACCACCUCCGAUGCAGUAUACCCAGGGAUAUGGAAACUAUAACUACAACUACAGCCAAAGCUAUGCCGAUUAUGCUGGAUAUCAACAGGCUGCUGGAUACAGAAACGAUUACCCGCCGCCGAACUGGCAAGGCAAUGUGCCAUAUAACAGUCAACAGCAGGCUCAGCAGCAGGCAGCGGCGGCUGCUGCGGCGGCGGCCGCGGCCGCUGCUGCCGCUGCAGCCUCGAUGCCUCAGACCAACCGAGGUGAACCAGCGAAUCAGCAGCGCGUCGUCGACGCGGCGGCACAAGCCGCCUUACUCGCCGCGGCUAAUGCCGCCGGAAAUCGGCCCGAGGAAGCCAAGAAAGAAGCCAUCGCAGCCGAACUGAAACAGCAAAAAGCAACGCUGGCGAAACAACGCGAGGAGUACAUCAAAAAGUCGUCGACGCUUCAGCGUGAAUUAGAAAUUCUGCGGAAGCAGUUCGAAGAAAUCGGCAAAGAAGGAGGCAGAGAAAAUAAUCGCAUCAUUAAGGAAAAUCAAAAGCUACAGGUCGAGAUACAGACCAAAAUGAAAUCCAUUCAUAACGUCAUCGACAUGCUAACUAAUAUUAUCGGCGACAAAGUGACAGUUGACGACCUGAAAGUCAAAUACAAACCUGAGCUGAUGAACCGCUUGAAAAGUCCGAAGGAAACCUUUAGUGGUAAAUCUGGUGCCAACACGCCUAAUUCGGACGACAAGGAAGACGAUAUGAAACCUGCGUACAACUUUGUGCAUUAUGAUCCAGAGAUGCAUUGGUGCAAAACUUGUGACAUCUUCCCGAAAACCGCUAAAGAAUAUCUUAAUCAUCUUCAUAGCAAUGAACAUAAAGAGACCUGCAUGGAGCGCAAAAUAGUCGACAUGCCUUGGCACGACAGCAAGCUUACGAAUUCGGAGAAGGAAGUGCCAUAUUAUCCAGGACUCCCGACGAAACGAACGCCAAUCAAAGGAUUGCAGUUCUUUAGCCCAUCGACCGCCUGGUACUGUAAGCUGUGCAACACCUGGAUCGGCGACCUUCAUUGUGCCAGUUUGCAUCUGAAAAGCCGACGUCACUCUGAGAAUUAUAUUAAUUUCGUGGAUCAAAAUCCUCACUGGGAGACUGAUUGGAUGGCCGAUCGUGAAAAAGCAUUCUCCGACGAAAAGCAUAAGCAGAUCCAAAUAGAAAUUCAGAAACAGAAGGAAGAUGCACCAUCCUCUAAGGCUAAAAAGUCUAAGAAAUCAAAGAAGAACAAGAAAAAAUCGAAGAAACGCAAGACUAAAAGUAGCAACUCAGAUUCUUCGAGUGAAUCAGAAAGCAACGAAUCCGAGAACAAUAAUGGACUUGCUAUAGAAGACUCGUCCAGGAGCAUCAGAGUAGCCAUGAGGAACAAGAUGAAGGGAUCCAGCCAGUCCAGACAUAGUACUGAAGAUUUUGCUAACAAUGAACCAGAAGAUAGGAACUCUGCACGUGACAAAGUGAAACAGGACGUAGUUACGAAGAAUAAUACCGAGGCGGAGCUGCAAGCCUGGGGUCCCAAAGAGCCACCCAAGCCUUUUUGGAUCAAGAAAGACAAUGAAAAUGAAAACAAGGUUCAAACUCCUGUGCAACCUGUAGUAGUGCCUCCUAAGCCUGAGGAAAUGCCCAAGCCUCACAUGGGCUUUUGGACGAAGCAGCAAGUUAACAUGCCUGCAAAGCCGGUUGAAAAAGAACGAGACGAGGAUAAGGAGAAGGACAAGGACAAGGACAAGGAUCGGGAUAGGUAUAAGGAUGAUAGGCGAGAAUAUGGAAAUAAGUGGGACAGGAGAGAUGACAAGUAUGAUAGGUAUAGGGAUGACAGAUAUGACAGAAGACGUGACCGAGGGCGAGAUAGGGAUAGAGAUAGGGAUUACUAUGAGAAUCGAAACAGGCGUCGCGGCUCCAACGAUUCGCCUCCACACCGAUCCGGCUGGGGUCGUGAGAGUAGUCCUAAGCGUUCUUACGGCAAACGUGGUGGCGAUGAAGGCUCAAGUGAUGAGUCCAAGUAUGACAAAAAAGACUCCAAGCAGAAGAAGGGAUCUACACCCAACAAUCAGCAGGCAGGAAAGAAAAGUCAACCACCCGUCAAGGGUAAACUUCCUUUUAUAGGCAGAUUGCCGCUUUUCAAGAAGAAGGAUGAUCCCAAACCUGAGAAGGAACUCACGGCUCUGCCAUACACGCAAAGCAAGUUUGAAGAUACGCCCAAAGUCCCCAGUGAUAUUAUAAAUCCCCCUGGAGUCGUACAUGUGCCAAAGCUUGCGACACCCGUAGUGUUGCCUAAUAAUCCACCACCAGCUAAGAUGAAGAUCCUAGUGGCACCGCCACCACCAACGCUUAACGAUAAGCAAUCCUCGAACAAAGCUACUACUCCCGAAGUUGUAGAUAUGGAGAUUGAGGACCAAUCAGAGGAAGUGAUUAUUGAACAAAACGUUGAGCCAUCGAAAAAGGAGACCGUGAAUCCGACUUUGCCUAACACUAGUCUACCUCCCCCGGGUUACCCUAAGAAAACUGAGGUUACCCCUACGCCUUUUACUCACCAAGGACCACCUCCUCCGUUUGUGACCAACACGUUUAUGCAUCCACCUGCACAGCAAGUGCAACCAAUGCCGUACAUGCACCAAAUGCAAAUACCUCCACCAAACAUGUACGCAAAUCCACCACCACCCAUGCCAGUUCAAGCGGAAGCUCCGCCGUGUGUUCCAGGAGUUCCUGACGGCACUGAGAUCCCUGAGCCUAUGGAAAAACGUCCCGAUGGCGCGCCGUUGCCAGAAGACCUCCAGGAAGCAUUAGAUAUCAUCUUCCCGAAUGAACAAGCGGCAGAGGAAAGCAGAGCAGCUGCUGCAGCUGCGGCCCAACAGAACCAAGAUAGUACGAUAAUGUACGGUUCGGUUUACAAUAUGUUGGGCUGUGUGGGUUACGGGCCGGACUACAUGGAUCAACCACCGCCCGAGAUCACACAACAGGAACCUGAACUCGAAACCGCGCCAGGACCUGACGAUUUGAGAAUGCUUGGCAUUGACGAGGGAGACACCAUUCUGUAGAUUUCACAAGCGCUAAAAAAUGAAAAGGAACGCACAGGUUUCGAUUGAGCAAACAUUUAUCAGUUUUGAAACGUCUAAAAGUUUUCUGGAUUCGAAUUUAAAGGUUUUUUACAAUAAUUGCAAUUAUCUACUUAUUUUAUAAAAGAAUAUAUCGCAAGAGGGUUAGUACAUCGGUGCUGGAGCUUUAAGCAUAUGAAAUCAAGAUUAAAAUCUUAUAUUUUACUAAGAAAUAACGAAAAAGAUAUAUACGUAUAUAAAACUUACGUAGUAAUUUGCUUGUAAAAAUUUAUCAUAUUUUCUAAUCCUUAAGAAAUGAUAUAUUUAUAAAAAAAAAUAUAAUUACUUUUUUAUCAUUAUUUUGAAUCUACGAUAUGAUUUAACAAAAUUUUUUGUUACAAAAUUUCAAAAUAUUACGUUAUAAAUUCGUGAUUAAUUUUUUAAGCAACAAAAAUUUUCCUAUAUUUUUUAUGAUACUUUUGUAAUGCUUUGAAAUUUUGUAAUAUAAAACAAAUAUGGAAGAGAUCUUGCAUAUAGCUCCUGAUAUGCAUAUAUUGCUCAAUCGAAUCCGCGUGAAGAUGUAUUACAAGUACAAAAAUACUUGAAACUGGUUGACAGUUUCAGUAUUUUUAAGGCUGUGUUUGGUUUUUUUAUGUCAAACACAGUCCGUGUACGCUAUGCUUUCAUGUGUGAGUAAAUAAUCCGCAAGGAUUACUUUACUUUUUAUUUGAUCAUCCGUUCUUUUUCUGAAAAUACUUGUGUCUCCUUUUUUUACUUGUACAGUUUUAAAAACGCAAGUUUUUGCGUAUUUACACUAUCUAUAUAGUAUUUUAAGAAUCAAUUAAACUUUGGCUAUUGCAAUGUGAAAGACAUCAAAUGAAAACAUUCGUCUGAUCAAUUACGUAGAGUUAAUGACAAGAAAAAUAAGUGUUUGAGCAUAAAUAUUUGCGUCGAAACUAUUCCAAUGUAUCAUUGAACGAUAGGAGUUGGCGGUACAGUGAUUUUUAUUGUUACGUUGUAAUAUUUGCCCCGUUCGGGGCUAAAUUAUAAGAUAAAAAUAAAUUAUACGAUAAUUAAAACUUACAGUCACCAA